UCCCCUCUCUUUCAAUAUCUCUAUCUCUAUCUCUAUCUCUAUCUCCUCCCAUCUCUCUCUCUCUCAUACACACAAUGGUAAAAACCAUGAGAAAUAAGUUUUCUAGUGAAGAACUGGAGGCAUUGGUUGCUAUAUGCGACACAUUUUUGCCCUCUAUUGAAGUUCCUCAACAUUACCAGCUUCAACAAUCUAUCCUUCAUUUCUAUCACACUUCAGCUUCCAUGGCUGCAAUUCCAACACAUGUUGCUGAGAAGAUUAGAAAAGCACAACAUCCGAAGACGCCAUUAGCAAUAUUGGCAAUUAGAUUGUUGGCAACGAGAAUUGGGACAUUAAUUUUAAGUGGGAGAAAAAGUUUAUCGCCUAAUUUUCCAUAUUUGCAGAAAUUUUCAGAGAUUUCAUUGCACAAAAGAGAAGAAAUUUUGCACUCAUGGUCAGCCAGCUCUUUCACCCUCUUGCGAAUCCUUUAUGCGGCUCUCAAAAUCUUCAUUUUUCUUACAUUUUUCACCCAGGUGAACGAGGCGAAAGAGAACCCGUCAUGGAAAGCAAUCGGCUACUGCGGGCCGGAUCCUGCCUUCAAACCCGACCCAGAAAAGCCCAAAUCCGAAGAGGAGCGAUUCGGGCCUCUCCACAAACGCAUCAUCAGCUUCUCCCAAUCAAAGCAAACCGCACUCCACCAGCUCCAAAUCUCCGGCUUCCCAACCUCCCAAUCGCCGCCGCAGACCGCUGCCUUCAAGCAGCUAAACCCCUCCGUUGUGAUCCGCUGCGACGCCGUCAUCGUCGGAUCCGGAUCUGGCGGCGGCGUGGUAGCGGGAGUCCUCGCCAAAGCCGGCUACAAAGUACUGGUGCUCGAAAAAGGCAGCUACAUCGCGAGAAGCAAUCUCACGCUGAUGGAAGGCGAUGCCAUGGAUAAAAUGUAUCUGCAGCAAGGAAUUCUCGCCUCGGAAGACAUGGAUGUGUUAAUUCUCGCCGGAUCUACCGUCGGCGGCGGAUCGACGAUCAAUUGGUCGGCCUCGAUUCGCACGCCGCCGCACGUGCGGAAGGAAUGGAGCGAAAAUCACAAGUUAGGGCUUUUUGAGAGCAAAAUCUACGAUCGAGCUCUGGAUGCUGUGUGUGAGAGGAUGAAUGUUCAAUUGGAAAUUGAAGAAGAAGGUAUGCAGAACGAAGUUUUGAGACGUGGCUGCGUGAAUUUAGGCUUUCCGACGGAGGACAUUCCGAGGAACGCGGCGGCGGAUCACUACUGCGGCUGGUGCUGCCUCGGCUGCAGAGACGGCCGGAAACAAGGCGCCGCCGAGACGUGGCUGGUUGAUCUUGCCGAAUCGAAAUACGGCGCGAUCCUCACCGAUUGCGAGGCGUUGAAGGUGAUAACGGUUAAAAAAGGCGGGAUAAAACGCGCCGCCGCUACCGGAGUAGUGUUCCGAUUCAAAACCGGUGAUGGUAGAGAGGAAAUUGGAGUAAUUGAAGCGAGAGUGACGGUUGCCGCGUGCGGAGCGAUCAGCACGCCGCCGUUGCUGCGUAGGAGCGGCUUGAAAAACCCUAACAUCGGCCGGAAUCUGCACGUGCACCCGGUGAUGAUGGGGUGGGGCCACUUCCCGGACUCGGAGAAGCAAAGCUACGAGGGCGGAAUCAUUACUGUGAUGUCAAAAUUGGACGAAUACUCCGACUACAGCGCUGUCAUCCAGACGCCGGCGCUGCACCCGGGAAUGUUUUCUGCGCUCAUGCCGUGGUCGUCGGGAGCGGACAUGAAGGGCAGAAUGGUCAAAUUCUCCAAAACCGCUCAUUUAUUCGCGCUCGCAAGGGAUAAAAGCUGCGGCGAGGUGAAAUCGGAGAGCGAGAUCAGCUACAUGAUUGGUAAAUUCGAUGAGGAGAAUUUGAGGAAAGGGAUGGAGAGGGUUUUGAGGAUUCUGGCGGCGGCGGGGGCGGAGGAGAUCGGGACGCAUAGCCGGUGGGGGAGGGUGUUGAAGGUGAAGGAGGCGAGCGAGGAGGAGUUUGAGAGGUUCGUGAAGGAGGAGAGCGGGAGGAGGCCGGGGAAUGAGUCGGCGCCGAUGUGCUCGGCGCAUCAGAUGGGGAGCUGUAGGAUGGGGGCGGAGCCGGGGGCGGGGGCGGUGGGGCCCACGGGGGAGACGUGGGAGGUGGAGGGGCUGUUUGUGGCGGAUUCGAGCGUGUUUCCGACAGCGUUGGGGGUGAAUCCGAUGGUCACGGUUAUGGCCAUAGCUUAUUGUACGGCGCAGUCGGUUCUUGAAGCUCUUGCCAACGCUUCAAAAUAAUCAAAUGUCGUAUACUAUGUUAGUGUGAAAUUAUUUAUCUUUAUAAUAAAAUAUAGUAAAAGGUUCAUUCGAUGAA